AUAGCUUGUAGGAUAAGACAGUUGCGAUAACUAAUGAAUAAUCCUUAGUUAGUUAGACCCACAGAAACAAAAAAAUUAUUGUAAAUAAUAAUGAAGCUCGCUCUCCACUACCCUUCUUCAUUUUCUACCUUUAUUAAGACUGUUGAUACGAAAUCACAAGAACAAGCGAAAAUAGUAUCAAUCAGAACAUCUGCUCUCCCCGAAACAGCAGCUUCUGUUGCAAUUGCCGCGACAGUCGUUGGUGCAGCAGCUACCCUUCUUGUGCAGAGAAACAAAGCUGCCAAAACAAUUGAGGCUGAAGUGCCUCUGAAGACCUGUGAAGAUUGUGAUGGUUCUGGUAUAUGUUCUGAAUGCAAAGGUGAAGGAUUUGUGCUUAAGAAACUAUCCGACGAGAGUGCAGAGAAGGCAAGACUGACAGCUAAAAAUGCAGCCACUCGAUAUACUGCAGCGCUUCCAAAGAAAUGGAGUUACUGUACAAAAUGCUCUUCUGCUCGGUCGUGUAGUACGUGUGGCGGUCGUGGGAAGAUAAGCUACUAGUUUGUUUGUAAUCAUCCUUGUGCAGAGAUCCCAACAGAGGAGACAAGAUCUUUCAUAUGAGUCAUGAAGGUAAGGUUGCAUCUGAGUUUUUUAUGAUUUCAUGCACUUUAGUUUCCUCAUUAACUCUAUGUAAUAUAUUAGGCUAUUAGAAUGAUACAUUGUUUUUCCUUUUAAUUUUUCUAUUGUACCUGUUUGACUUUACCAUUAGAAUCAAUUUUUGUUUUGUUUUUCAA